AGCUUUAUAAAGCCACACUCACAUGCUUUCUGCCCUUGCACACCUUGAGCCUGAGACUGUGCGCUCACAUUAUUCUAUAGCCACAUCCAUCUUUCACCUCCACCAUGAGAAUCGGAGUGAGGCUGUCGCUGCUGUUGGCGGCAACGCUUUGUGUAUCGCAUGCGCAAACUAACAACAACAGCAAUGAUAACAGGCAGCAGCCUCAGCAACAGCAGCAGCAACAGCAGCAGCAGCAACGCAGCGUCUGGGAUGAGCCCAUCAGGUUCAACACCAAGGCGAAGGAUUCCUGUACCAUGGUGGUGUCUGGAGCUGGAGACUACACCCGUCUGCGUGUCUCCUGCAAAGGUCAGAACCCAGCACAGUCUUACUACUGCGACUUCCAGGGCAAACCCAACCUGUGCCGCGCCUACAACCUCAACCCUCGCCACUUCUUCACCCAGAUGAUGUGGGAGUUGAGGAAGCUAAACAACGCCUGCCAGGGACAAAAACUCUACCGCCCUCAGAUGUGCAAGAAAUACCCCGACGAGGCCCAGAUGACCUUCCUCUCUUCUUACCCCAAGAUGACCACCCCCAAGCCCUCCAAGCCCGUUCAGGAGCCACGUAAACCAGUGGUGCCGGCCCAGACCAAGCCAGUCUCUACUCCUAAACCGGUUGGUAAGCCCCAGCCCCAGCCAGUCAGACCCCAGCCAGGCAAGGGGCCCCAGACCAAGAAAACCACCCCCAAGCCUGCGAAGACCACUACUCGUCCCACAGAGCAGCCUGACUCCAAGGCUUCCCGCAUCGCGUCAGAGUACUGCUGGAGGAGCUUCCACGGCAUCUGCACCUACUUCAUCAGCUGGUUCCAGAACUGAGAGGACACACCGCAGACGCAUAAAACACAGCGGUGGAACCUGUCAAAACUCUACCUGUCUGUCUUUGACACCUUGAGGAUCCUGGAUGGGAGUGUUUGGAGCCAAUUCAUCACCUUAUGAGAUCUGACUCCGUACAGGCUGAGCAUCUCCCAAAAUACUCUGACUACAGUUAAUGAAGAUGACCGAUUGUCAAGUCUGUUGUCAAGUCUCUGUGGUGGUAAUGUAACUUUGAACACAGCAAGGCAUAGAAAAUGUGGCAGGCAUGCGAUUCUCUUUGUAUAUGAAGUAAUAUUCUCUCUUUUUGUCACAAAAAUGAAAUGAAAACAUGAUGGUGAAGAAAAAAUAAAGUCAGAGCGGUGACUCUGCUUCCCAGUG